GAAAGGGACUGUACGAGGUGAUGUGCAAGGUCAAUUACAGUGGAUGAAUAAUCUGCAGUUGGCAGGUAGGUAACGGGAUGGAAGGUUAGGAACAGAAGAGAGUGGAGAAAACGCGGGUAUAUAUAUGUGUCCAAGUCCUCGCAAAGAGUUGGAGUAUUGGAUCAUUUACCUUCUUCUUAAUUCUUUUGAGGUUUGGAGCUACCGGGAAGCUUUUGAGGAGAUUCUAUAUACAUACUCUUGUUUUUCGUUCUGCUGUUUUACUGUUAGAUGAAGCUCAGUCCAAAGUUGAGCUACAAAAUACACUUCAUCGAGAUUUCGCCAUAGCUAUUCGAAAAAGCAAAGACAAGAUGCCUUCAACACUUGUUCUAGGUGCUUCGGCACUUCUUCUCCUUGCAUAUGUCAUCCGAGCUAUACUUUUCCGACCCAAAAACUUAGACUUUCCAAUCGUGGGAAAUCCCAGUGAUGUCGAUUUUAGAGCUGCAUUGCUCGAAGGAACUGCCAAAUAUCCUACAACCCCCUACGUCCUCCCCAGUGACCCCCCAACGGUCGUCCUCCCCUUGACUAUGCAUGAUGAACUACGAAAUCUCCCUGAAAACAAAGCUUCUUUCCAAAAAGAACUUUCCCGCAUGUUCUAUGGCGAGCACACUGGUAUUGGCAUAGACACUCCCCCAAUCAUCAAAGUCGUCAAAACAGAUUUGAACCGUCAUGUAGCAUCUACCAUUGAGCCUCUCCAAGACGAGUCGCGCUUUGCAUUAGAUAAAGAACUCGGCACGUACGACAAUUGGACUCAAGUUAUUGUGUACGAAAAAAUACUCAAGAUGAUUGCACUUCUCAGCGGAAGAGUUUUUGUGGGAAGACCGCUGAGUCGAACUGAAGAGUGGAUUGACAUUAGUACUCAUUUUACGGAGGAUGUGGUGCUAGCAAGAGAAAGCGUGGCUAAGUAUCCAGCGUGGCUUAGAUCUUUCGCGAUCCCAUUCUUACCAGAGAUCAGGAAGCUAAGGCAACAUAAAGCCGUAGGGGCAGAGUUAUUGAGACCGAUUAUAGAGGGAUGCAUUCAAAGAUUCAGGGAGGGAAAAGAAGAUUAUGAAGGUGAUGAAUUUGAUGACAAUCAGGGCACAUUCGUUAGUUGGGUUAUGAAAUGGUCGGAUGAAAAGAAAAAGGAGGAUCCGUUUGCUUUGGCGCAACAUCAACUCACCUUGUCUUUUGCUGCUAUGCAUACAACUGCCAUGGCUGUUACACACGCAUUAUUCGAUUUAGCAUCUCAUCCACAAUUCAUUGCGCCUCUUCGCGAGGAAAUUGAUCAGGUUCUGGCGGAUGAUGGAUGGGAAGAUGAUGGCAGCGGGAUGAAAACCUUGAAAAAACAAUCAUUACCUAAAUUGAAGAAAUUGGAUAGUCUCUUAAAAGAAAGUCAGAGGCUCAGUCCUCUCGACUUGGUCUUCAAUAUUCGUUCAACAACCUCGCCGAUUCGCUUGUCUACCGGUGAGACCAUACCUGCCGGAACACGCAUAACAUUUGAUGCACACACAAUCAACAUGUCCGGUCCCAAUGUUUCUUCUCUUCCUCACGAUCCUUCUAAUAUUCCAGCACUUGAUUCUCCUGAAAUCUUUUCGCCGUUCAGAUGGUCGACGCUACGUGAAGCACCGGGGAAUGAAUCGAAAUAUCAGUAUGUGACGACAAAUAAAGAGAGCGUAAAUUUUGGACAUGGGAACCACGCAUGCCCAGGUCGUUUCUUCGCAGCAAUAGAGAUCAAAGUACUAUUGGUGGAAAUAUUAAAAGGUUGGGACUUCAGAUUAGUGGGCGAUAAAGAGGGGAAAGGGGGAGAGAAACCGUCGAAUUAUAUUUAUAAUGUAACGAUUAGUCCGAACCCGACUGCUGAGCUUGAGUUUAAGAGGAGAGUUAUUUAAUUUAAUUUGAGCGUAGAGGUAAGGGAUAAGGAUGUGUUGAAUUAGAGAGAGAUGAAAAGAGCUUUGAAUGUAGAUGAUGAAAAAGGAGAGAUUAUAAAAUAUGGAAAUGAAAAUAAGAUGUUGCACAAUGGAAGGAUUUAAAAAGAUUGUAAAAGAGAAAAUAAAAAGGAGUUGUAAUUAUUAUUCCUAGGAUUUUUUUGAUAAUCA